AUGGACGGACCCCAUUCCCCUACUCGAGGACGUCCAGGCUAUACCGACGGACCUCCUUCGUAUGUUACCACUCCCACCGCCGAAGACGACAGUAUGAGCCUGCCUGGGAAUCACUCGUCUCUGAGACUGCUCCCGCUGGGCCAGGACGAAUACAGAUCAUCGUACGUGAAAGCUCCCAGUCCCAACGGCAAUGCUCCCCCCAAGCGCAAACCUGUUCCCGGCCCUCGUUCACCAAAGGUGUCGCAUGUAACGUGGAGUGACUCUCCAAGCGAGUCGCCCGCUCGAGGCUCUCCAGCAAAGUCCCCGGUAUCAUCGUUGAUAGCUGAGGCGGAAGAGAGUCUCAACCGCAGUCGAGAGACCCUCGCUUUUGUUGGCCGCGCGCCUACCCUCAAAGCUACUGUCACCCUUAGGAAAAGCCCAAAGACUGACCGAAGUCGUUCAUACAGAUUACCCGCCUCCAGUCGAGUCUCUCCUGACCGAUACCACAGACCGGCCGCUUCCACGGCAUUCAGUUCGCGUUCGGGGUCAAGCCUUGGACGGGCUCCGUCAAUACCGCCUUCUACCAUCAAUCCACGCUCUCCGAUUCGACCCACUACACCUUCUCGCGGAUCGACGGACUGGACAAGACCUCCUCCUUCGAGUGUGACCUACGAACCUCCCGAUAUCAACGGCAGUCCUCGACCAGGCACGCCCUCAUCGCAAUAUGGCGGGAGUCCACGGAGACCUUUGCCGCCGGCACCAUUGUUCUCGGCAAAGCCUACUGCUGCCGAAACCACCAUCCCCAUUCCCGAUCCCGAGACAGAGAACGACGUGUUCGUCGACGGCUAUCCGGUAGUGCCUGAUCACGAUCCCAGAGCAAGCUUGAAAUCGGCCCACUCGUAUAUGACGGAAUCGACCUUCACGGAAGACGACGAUAUCACAAAUGAGAAGUUGAACUUUUACGGUCCAGCUCCGGAGGGAAGACAAGAUCGAAGAGGCCUGCGAGAAGCCCAAGUGACGAAGAAGGAGGUCAGAUUGAUCAAUGGAGAGCUCAUCCUUGAAUGCAAAAUUCCCACAAUCCUACACAGCUUCCUGCCGCGAAGAGAUGAACGCGAGUUCACGCACAUGCGAUACACUGCGGUGACCUGUGACCCGGAUGAUUUUGUCGUCAAAGGUUACAAGCUGCGUCAAAACAUCGGGCCGACAAUGAGAGAGACCGAGCUCUUCAUCUGCGUGACCAUGUAUAACGAAGGCGAAAUCGAAUUUACCAGGACCAUGCACGGCGUCAUGAGAAAUAUAGCACAUUUCUGCUCGAGAACAAAAUCUCGAACAUGGGGCAAAGAUGGCUGGCAGAAAAUUGUCGUCUGUGUGAUCGCGGAUGGAAGACAAAAGGUCCAUCCACGGACCCUGAACGCGCUAGCGGCGAUGGGUGUCUACCAAGAUGGCAUAGCGAAGAACAUGGUCAACCAGAAAGAGGUCACUGCUCACGUCUACGAAUACACCACUCAGGUCUCGCUGGACGAAGGUCUGAAGUUCAAGGGAGCAGAAAAGGGGAUUGUCCCAUGCCAGAUGAUCUUCUGUCUCAAGGAGCAGAACAAGAAGAAGCUGAAUUCCCAUCGCUGGUUCUUCAAUGCUUUCGGGCGGGCUCUGCUGCCCAACGUGUGUAUUCUUCUGGAUGUGGGCACGAAACCCGACUCCAAGGCACUUUACCAUCUCUGGAAAGCGUUUGAUCAAGACUCCAAUGUCGCCGGAGCGGCCGGAGAGAUCAAGGCCGACAAAGGCAGGGGAUGGAUGGGCCUCCUCAAUCCGCUGGUGGCUUCACAGAACUUCGAGUACAAGAUGAGUAACAUCCUCGACAAACCACUCGAGUCGGUGUUUGGUUAUAUCACCGUGUUACCGGGCGCGCUUUCAGCAUAUCGAUAUCAUGCCUUGCAGAACGACCCCAGCGGCCACGGUCCUCUCAGCCAAUACUUUAAGGGAGAAACACUGCAUGGCCGUGAUGCCGAUGUCUUCACGGCCAACAUGUAUCUGGCCGAAGAUCGAAUUCUUUGCUGGGAGCUCGUGGCCAAACGUGGUGAACAAUGGGUGUUAAAGUUCGUCAAGAGCGCCUAUGGCGAGACUGACGUACCAGAUGCUGUACCGGAGUUCAUUUCUCAACGACGACGCUGGCUCAACGGUGCUUUUUUCGCCGCCGUGUACUCCCUCGUCCACUUCAAGCAGAUCUGGAGGACCGACCACACCUUGACCCGCAAGAUACUGUUGCAUAUCGAAUUCGUCUAUCAAUUCAUCUCCCUCCUCUUCACUUUUUUCUCGCUCGCCAACUUUUAUCUCACCUUCUACUUCAUCGCCGGCUCAUUGGCGGAUCCUCAAAACGACCCGUUCGGUCAUCACAUCGGAAAAUACAUCUUCGUCAUCCUACGCUAUGUCUGCGUUCUGUUAAUAUGUCUCCAGUUCAUUCUGAGUUUGGGAAAUCGGCCACAAGGCGCAAAGAAUUUGUUUCUCGGCACUAUGAUCACUUACUCCAUCAUCAUGGCCUACACCACGUUCGCCUCUCUGUAUAUCGUCGUCAAACAGCUCACGGCGCACUCGGUGGAGAACACCAAUCCCGACAACCCUUACAAGCUGGGCAGCAACAUCUUCACCAACCUCAUUGUCAGCACCCUCAGCACCGUCGGGCUGUAUUUCCUCAUGUCGUUCUUGUACCUGGAUCCCUGGCACAUGUUCACCAGCUCGGCACAGUAUUUCGCCCUAUUGCCAUCCUACAUCUGCACUCUGCAAGUGUAUGCAUUCUGCAACACCCACGACGUGACCUGGGGCACCAAGGGCGACAACGUCAUGCACACCGAUCUCGGCGCCGCCAGGGCUAUUGGAUCCGGCAACACGGUUGAGGUCGAAAUGCCUUCGGAACAGCUCGACAUCGACUCGGCAUACGACGUCGCACUCCGCAACCUCCGCGACCGGGUCGAGGUGCCCAAGCCGCCCGUCAGCGAGAACCAACUGCAAGAGGACUACUACAAAUCCGUCCGCACGUACGUGGUGACCUCGUACAUGGUCUGCAACGCCAUCCUCGCCAUGGCCGUCUCCGAAGCCUACCCGGUCGGCAGCCACUUGGGAACCAACUACUAUCUGACCUUCAUCCUGUGGUCGGUGGCGGCGCUGGCUCUGUUCCGAGCGAUCGGGUCUUCCGCGUUCGGGAUCAUCAACAUCGUCUCCGCCAUUGCCGAGGGCAGGAUCCAGGCCAAAUUCGAGCGCAUCUUCGGCGGCGGAGAUGAAAAGGGUCGUCAUCGAUCCGGGCUGGGAAGUGCGUUCAGCGAGUCCGGAAAGACGGGAAUCACUGGUGGCAGCGGGAUGAGUUUGAGCGAUGUCACGAGUAAGAUCAGUGAGAAGUUCAGGUGGAUGGGUGGGAAGUAA